AUGAAGUCCUUCUCCCUUCUGGGCUCUUUGGCCCUGUUGACUGCCCGCUCCUGGGCUUUGCCAACCGAAAGCCCAGCCGCCACGCUUCAAGAGAGACAGAGCGGUUCAUCAUGGUUUUUGCCAAACAUUGACCACACUACGGGAGCCGUCAGAGGUUAUGUCCCCGACCUGUUCGACAGCAGUGGGAACCAGAACUUCAACUACCCUGUCUACAAGACAGUGAACUCUGGCGAUGCUACAGGUUUCGUCAAUGCCAUAUCCUCUGAUGGACCUAGCGGUGGCGCAAGAGACAACUGCUACCUGGCAGGAGAACCUCGUGUUAUCUACCUGCCCCCAGGAACUUAUACCGUCUCAAGCACCAUUUUCUUUGACACUGACACUGUCGUCAUUGGUGACGCUGCCAACCCUCCCACGAUUAAGGCAGCUUCUGGCUUCAACGGUAACUACCUCAUUGUUGGUGGCCAGGGUGAUGGCAGCAACCACCCCUGUGGUGGCUCCGGUGGUGAAACCCACUUCUCGGUCAUGAUCAAGAACGUUAUUCUGGAUACUACAGCCAUCGCUAGCAACAGCAACUUCGUCGCUCUCAGCUGGGCCGUCGCCCAGAACUGUGCUUUGGUUAAUGUCAAGAUUAACAUGCCCCAGGGCGUUCACACUGGUAUGCUCGUCAAUGGAGGAUCUACCAUCUCCAUCUCCGAUGUGCACUUCAGCUUUGGUAACAUUGGACUGCACUGGAAUGGCCACCAACAGGGUCAGAUCAAGGGCAUGUCCUUCACCGACUGUACUAACGGUAUCUACAUUGACGGCGGUAACACCAUCAGCAUCUUUGCCCCGACUUGUAACACCGUCGGCCGCUGCAUUGUCCUCAACUCCGGAAAUCCUUGGGUCGCUGUUAUCGAUGGUAUCAGCCAGAACUCUGGUGAUUUCUUCACCAGUAUCCCAAGUUUCCCCAACUUCAUGAUUGAGAACAUCUCCAAGGAUACCACCAACUCCAACAUGGUCGUCGUUGGCGGCGCCGUCAAGGUUGGUGGCGUUACUAGCAUCGGUACCUAUGUUUGGGGCAACACCCGUGGAACCAACCCGAUUUACCAGACCAACCCGACUGCUCAAGCGGUGAACAGGCCUGCAGCGCUUGCUCCUGGUGGCAGAUACCCCGUCAUCAACGCCCCUCAGUAUGCCGACAAGACUGUUGCAAACGUUGUCAACUUGAAGGAUCCCAACCAGAACGGCGGACACACCCUUCAGGGAGACGGAUUCACCGAUGACACCGCUUCGCUCCAGGCUGCUCUCAACACUGCAGCCAGCCAGGGCAAGAUUGCUUACCUGCCCUUCGGUAUCUACAUUGUCACAUCGACCAUCACCAUCCCCCCCGGAACUGAGCUGUACGGCGAGGCCUGGUCUACCAUUUCCGGAUCUGGCAGUGCCUUUGCUUCUGAGACCAACCCAACUCCCGUUGUCCAGAUCGGCAGCACCCCCGGCCAGAAGGGUGUUGCUCACAUCCAGGAUAUCCGAUUCACCGUCAAUCAGCCUCUUGCCGGCGCCAUUCUACUCAGAGUUAACAUGGCCGGCAACAACCCCGGCGAUGUUGCUGUUUUCAACUCCCUCAACACCAUUGGUGGUACCCGUGACACAUCCAUCAACUGCAGCAACGAGUCCAACUGCAAGGCUGCUUACCUUGGUCUCCACCUCGCUGCUGGUUCCUCCGCCUACAUUGACAACUUCUGGUCUUGGGUUGCUGACCACCCCUCUGACCAGAGCAACAAGGGCAUCCGAAGCGCCGUCAAGGGCGGUGUCCUCGUGGAGGCUACUGCCGGAACCUGGCUGACAGGUCUCGGAUCCGAGCACAACUGGCUAUUCCAGCUUUCUUUCCACAACGCCGCCAACGUCUUCAUCUCCCUGUUCCAGAGCGAGACCAACUACAACCAAGGCAACAACGGCGCUCCUCUGGUCGGCUCGCCUUUCAACGCUCUUUCUUCUGACCCUAACUUCUCGUGGUGCAAUGGAGGGGAUACUGUCUGCCGCAUGGGUCUUGCGCAGUACUACACUGGUAGCAACAGCAACAUCUUCCACUACGCUGCUGGAAGCUGGAACUUUAUUGGAUUGACACAGGUUAACCAAGGAAUCAUGAACUACAUCCAGACUGCUGUCACCGGUGCUCAUCUUUAUGGCUUUACCGCUGGACCCAACGUUGCAGAGACCAUGAGACUGCCCAACGGUAAUGAGUUUGGCAACGGUGGUUCUGACGGGUACGGUGGAUCUUGGCAAACACUGAUUGCCAACAUUGCCAGCCAGUCUUAGGUCGGCCUAGUCUGGUCAUGGCUUAUGUAAAUGUCUCUAUUCUGAUGUAUCUCACUUGAAACGUUUUAUACAGUCAUAAGAUACUGUAUAUAACCCUGUAUAUAGCAUUAAAAAAAAAUGAAGUUAAAUCAGC